UCGUGAUUUAGUGUAGGGGGUUUGAUCGCGUUACACCAUCAUGGUGUAUGAGUAGGUGUUUCACUGUUUUGAGAUAUCGUUAUUGGACAUGCAGUCAGGAGUGCGGCAAUCACCACAGGGUCAAGGUCUUCUGUUACAGUCACAUGAUGGGACCGGACACUGUACAGUGUACUGUUGGCAUCUUGAUGAGUUUUGCUUUCACUCUGAAACUCUUCCCUUUAGAUCUCCAUCAUAACUGAAUCGUGGCAAUGGCAUCAUCUUGUGAAAGAGCCAUAGCGAAAAUAGCAGCUGUCGUUCUUCAGGGGGCUUCUCUGGAGAACACAUCGAUCGAAAAUAAGCAUGUUUUGAAGACAUGCAUCAUUGCCAGCUUAACACAGCAUACCCAUCGACUGCAGCAAAUGCUGCAUUCUGAGGGUCGACCUGAAGGAAACGUAAAAGCAAUGAAGAUUAAAUUGGAGCACAUGGAUGACGAUUUGAUGCAGUGUUUCGGACAGAGGCACGCUCAGUUGGCCUGUGAAACCCGCGAAGAUCCCUGCCCUGCGACAACCGACAGUCACAUGACUGUAAUCAAGAAGCUAUCACCUGUGCUCACCAAAGAUCUGCGGUUAGAAGGAACUGAUAUUCUUGACAGGCUACUUCAAGCAGAUGUCCUGUCAGAGGCAGGCAGGAGCAGUAUUCUCACUCGCCCGUCUACUCAUGCAAAGAACGCAGCUUUCCUGAAGUUUUGCAAUGGCUGUACUUCUUCACAAUUCACAGCAACGGUUGUUCCUGCUCUAAAGGCAUGCAAUGAUGAAGUGAACACACAGUUAGCGUGUGAAAUUGAAAGGGAAUUGUCCCUCCCGCUUCUCGUUGUUCACGAUCCAAAUGGAUCUCUCUGCAAGUUCUGUAGUAUUCGGAGCAAGGUGAAUCUUCGCCGACUGGCUGACGUAAUGUAUCAAAUGAACGCCAUAUCGGAUCAGCAGAGAGAAGACCUGUCAUCCCCCAACCUGUCACAUGAUAUAAAAUGGAAACAAUUGUCAAAGAUGAAGAGACCGAAAUGGUUUGCAUUUUCUCUGAAGAAGAAAUAUCCUGAAGUUUACAGAGAUGUGCGUUGGACACCGUUCAGUGCACUGUGUUGCUCGUGUGAGGAUAUAAGCACCACUGUAAACACACACGAAGAAACUGAUAAUGGCGCAAAACAGCACCGCUUGAUGCAAAGGGGAAAAUCACGCAUGGUAAAUAGGCCAACUGUUCAACGCAUUAUAACGCAACCCUUGAAUUCCCGGUUGGUCACUGGUGUGAAACGCGCCCGCCAUGUAUGUGAGACCCCAACACAAUGCGUUUCACAUGUCGAACGUUAUUUGGAGAAUACUAAGAAGACCACAGUGUUUCAACACGUGAAACAGUGCUGCACCGACUUCUUACAUAGGUCAUAAAGCCUGCGUGACGCAACCCGGGUGGCUUCUUGGCUCCUAGGAAAUCCUAGGACUAGCCCAGAUCCAAACUAAAGCAUAUAUAGCACUUGUACAUAAGUCUCCAUAAAGUUUUCCGUAUAUAGUUUCUGGUAGGGACUGUCUGUGAUCCUUUUCAUUAUCUUUUCUUCAACGUCUUUGUUCCACGUGUGCACUCUGACACAUGAUGGUCAGUAAAUUCGAGACAACAAUAUUAACCGUCCAGUAUAUGCAGCAUCCUAUGCUAAGAAGUAACAUUUAGACAACUCGAUCAAAGAAUAUACACACAAUGGUUCAUUCCCAAUUAAAUCAACUUGGCGAGCUCUUGUAAUCAGACGUCUAUCAGAGACUGAACACAUUUGGAGAGAGAGACUAGCACAGAGACCAGAUCUUUCACAGUACCAUAUAAUUCAUACACGGUUACAAAUGCAUGUUAUGUAGAAUGUAAUGCAUCUCUAUCCACUUUAAAAACACCUGCAACUUUGUAUUAAAACCGGAUCAAGAUCAAAUGUGUCGAAAUAAUGUAAGCAUUGUGAUAGACAUUGCUUUGACUAUGCUUGCCAUAAUAUAUUGCCCCGUGUCUGACGGAAAUGAUUUCUUUUCAUGUCUGAUUGAUAAGCAGGAUGUUGAUGUUUAUGUGAAAAAAGACAUGCUUGUCGACGAUGAUCUGCUUUCGUUAUUUCUCGGGCAGAUGAUUAUGACACUUGGGAAUUCAUCACACUGUCUUUCUGCGACUUUAUGUCUACUAGUCACAUAUACCUUACUGCACUCACAUUGUACAUUGUAAAUUGUGUAUUCAUGAGCACUGUGUGACAUGAUUUCAUUAUAUACAGUCAAGGAAUCUAAGUAAUAUACUUGCCUGUGUAAGAUCUUUGGAACUCUGAAGGCGAUAAGGAGAUAAAGAAAUCCAUUCCUUCAUUCAAUGAUUUUCAGUCGUUCAUUCACAUUAUUGUCAAGUGAGUUUGCCCUCCCCAAAUGGAAUCUGUUUCGGCGGAUAAUCAAGACUAAUCACUUGCACUGAUGUUUUGUAGUUGAUUUGAUGAAAUACAGAUCGGGUCCUAAAGUAAGACACCCACACACUCAUAUAAUGAUAGGUAUUUAUUUGUUGGUCGAAAUAUUAUUGUCUCGUACUGUGACGAUACAAAUAUUACAAUUGAUUGACUGAUUGAUAGUUUAUGCUCACUCUAUACAUUAUACUAGCGUCAAACACACUCUUCGUUUGUUGUUGUGCAAUGGUCGAAUUUUGGUGACUGGCUAGUAUUAAAUUCUGAGUGUCUUACUUUGACCUUUGUUGUCCCGAUUUGACUGUUUCACACAAACCCUUUGUGAUAUACAUGCAAUGUACUUUGUAGACCAGUGUAAAUAAAUCAGUUGUGUUUUGUUCUCUUACAUGUACGACGAUUGUGCUGACUGGAAGCAUUCAGAUAAAAUGUUGUUUUCAUAUACUUAGUACCAUAUAUGAACAUGUGUAAAUGUCAACAAUAGUUGUAGCAGGUUAUAACUAAUGAUUCUGGUUUUGUGAUCAAUAAAGAUAAUGAGUUCA